GCACCCGUCUCCAUCUUCUUGCUUACAUUACCUCCACCUGAUUGGUUCUAUUCAUUCCCCUUUGUUCCCUUCUUUUCCGCCUGAAUUUCAUUUGCUCCUUUUGUGUGCGUUGUUGCGUGAAUAUGAAUCAGACGAAUAACCCAGAUACUACCAGCUCGUACACCUCGUACCACCAGUCCGACCCGUCCGGUGGCGGCGAAAAUGGCGUUGGCCCCAAGUCAGACCAGGACUUCCACAAUAACAACUUUAUGGAUUCCAACUGGGCCAAUUCACUUUUGAUGGACGAUAACCAUCUUCUCUACGAUAUGCAUUUCCCGCCUCACAUAGAGGGCGCUACCCCGACAAACAACAUCGUACAGAGCAUUCAGUACCAGAACCAUGUUUCGCCGGAGAUCAAUGACCCGUCAGACAAAUCCAAAAUCCCCACGCCCGACCUGCAAACACAAACACAAAACCACGCCAAGCAGGCGCCCAAAGCCCGCAAGAAACAAGGCCCCCGGCUCGAGCUGACGCCCGCUUCGGCGGCAUCGUCGGCACUGGCCACCCCCAACAACCUAAAUGCCAAACAGUCCAAACCUCGAAGGCCCUGUGACCACUGCCGCAGAAAGAAAACCAAGUGUGUGUUGAUUCCGGGAACCGCUAACUGUGUACAGUGUGAGGCCCGAUCAUUGGGGUGCACGUUUGUGGACGUGGCCAUCAAAAGAAAACCGCUCGAUAUUCCCGAAGAAAUGGGUCUGGUUGCAAAGCGCCCCAAGGAAGAGUACUCGGGCUCCGGCCCCAGCCCCAUCGUGGCCCCAAACGUACCCAUCCGUGACGUGGCCCCCGUUCAGGACUACUCAUCCAUGAACAAUUCGCUCUUGAAAAAAACCCUUUCCUUGCAGUUCCCCCGGUCCAGUUUCUAUAUUGGCCCCAGCUCGUUCAUUUACGACAUAAAUCUCCUCAACUUGGUGAUAGACGCUCAGAACAAGCAGCGAGGGUUGCCAGUGAACUCGGGUAGAAUCGAGCAGAUCAACUUGAACGAUGCAAUUUCCUUACGAAAAGUCAGUGCCGAUGCCCAGUUCGUGUUGAAGGAUGACCAGUCGCCCCAGCUGUACCAGACGAUGCUGAAUGACGUGGACUCGAUCGAGAAGUUUGUGGCACCCCACGGCCAGAUCCUCAUCGACUUGUACUUUCGUAUUGUGCACCCAUCCUACCCCAUCUUACAUAAAAAGGUGUUUUUGGAGAAGUACUCCAGAACUCACCGAGAAUUUAGUGCCCCAUUGUUGGCUGCCGUGUACGUUUUGGCCAUCCAGUGGUGGGACUACGACCCGUCCCUCAACCGGUUUCCCAAGCCCAAUGUCGAGAUGAUCCUAAAAAUUGGCUUGAACAACUACUUACUUGAGAUCAUGAAGAGACCCAAGCUUAGCGCGGUCCAGGCGGGCUUGCUUUUGCUCCAGUGCAAGCACAUCGUCAGAGUGUCGAAAAACAACCAGGAGAACAACAACACCCAGCAGGCGUCUCAGACUCUCAAUGACUUGGGCUACAGCGAUUGGGUGUUGUGUUCACAGGUGAUUGCAUUGGCCGAAGAGUUGGGGUUGGGGCUCGACUGCACCGACUGGAAGCUUCCCAAGUGGGAACGAGGGUUGAGAAAAAGACUUGCCUGGGCCGUAUUUAUGGAGGACAAAUGGCUCUCGCUCAAGAAUGCUAGACCUUCCCACAUCAACCUGAUGAACUGGGUGGUGACCUUGUUGCUAGAAGAAGACUUCCCCGAGAAGCAUGGUGAUGGAGACUUGAAGGAGGGCUCUUCAGACAUUGACAAUGGCAAGAAGAUCUUCAUUGCUUUGAUUGAGCUCUCUCAGAUAUUGUCGGAGAUCUUGGACAGUUUCUACUCAAUGAAGGCAAUGAACGAGCUCAAGGACGAUAUUGCAGAGAUCUUGAAACUCGCUAAGCCCAUCCAGUUGGGUCUUCGAAACUGGUACCAUUCGUUACCCAUUGAACUUCAAAUGAGCUCGGUUCAAACUCGAAAACUCUGUUCCAACGGGUACCUUCAGUUGGCAUAUUUUGCAACCGAGUUAACUUUGCACCGCAAAAUCAUCACCGCCAUCCAUAACCAAAAUCUUGCCGGGAAAGUACCCCCCAAGGAAAUGGUGGCCGUGUGUCGGCAGGCUGCCAAAACCCGGUUGUUGGCAGCCAUUGACUUCGUAAGAGACUUGAAGCCUGAACACAUCCACUCAUUCUGGCAUUCGUCAGCUGCGUCAAACUUCACCCUAAUCGGAACUUUUGCAUCCAUUUUGUUUGCGUCGGCUCCCACCAAAGAAGAAAGCAUAUUUUUCAGAGACCAGAUCUUCAACUACCGAUGGAUCCUCAAAAUCUCCUCCAAGGGCUUUGACCAAGUGGGUGAUGCGUUAUCUCAGUUGGACCUUGUGUUGAACCAUAUUCCUGGUUUGCUCAGUGAGAGCUCGGAUCUCCCCAUGGUUCUACCAACGGUCCAAGAUAUGCCUAUCCAACGACCGGAGUCGGCCCAGCUGACCCAGAGACAGCUCUCUAACCCGGCCAUAAGUCCGUUUACCAUGACGAGUCCCGUCAACUUCAACGGACACUUGGGCCACAAACGAAGCAACAGCUCACACAACAAGUCCGAACAUGCCUCGCCCUACGAGACGGUGACUGGGUCGGGCUUGGGCAUCGGUACUAAGCCCAGGAUCUCGUCGCCCCACUCGUCACUGGGGUUCUCGCCGCGUGAGACCACCCGUGGGGUCAGCUCGUUCAACAUCUCGUCCGCCGAGUCCAACUCCCCGGGCGGUGAGAGGUCCAAGCAUACCAGUCCCAUCAUCACCAAGUCUCUAGUCAACACCAGAAGAGAUGACACACAGUAG